GGGGACAGGAAAUCGACUUCAAUGAUGCCGGACAGUUGUUGCACCCCAAACUGAAAAUCAUCAAUAUACAACGAAACGGUCUUAAAGGAGGCAAAAACUGGACAGUGGUCGGUCACUGGACACGAGAAGGCUUUGUCCAUGCGGCGUAUCACGUGGCCAGGGGAGGCUCUUGGUCCACCAAGGGGAAAACCAAAACGUCGUUUCCUCAGAAUAGCCACGUUAAGAGAGAACCCGUAUGUUAUCUACAAAGAGAUGCCGCAUGGGGGAGUAUGCGGGCCACAUACCGUCGCCUGUGAAAUAUACCCAAGGGAUAAAGAGACCUUCAAACGACUGAGUAACGAGACUGAGACCAAGUGCUGUACAGGAUUAAGCAUAGACCUUCUCUUCGAGCUCAGCGCAGAGCUUGAAUUUGACUAUGAGCUGUUUGAAGUUUAUGACGGACAAUGGGGAGCUGAGGUCAACAAGGAGUGGAACGGUUUAGUUCGGGUACUUCUGGACAAGAAGGCGGACAUGGUCAUCACAUCCCUAAAGAUCAACCCAGAGAGAAGUACAGCUGUAGACUUCUCUGUACCGUUCCUGAAGACUGGGAUCACCAUCAUCGUCUCCAUCCGAGACGGGGCCAUAUCACCAACAGCCUUACUCGAGCCCUACGACUACCCAUCAUGGUGCUUCAUACUGCUGUUCAGCGUCCAUGCCACCGGGGCCUCCAUCUUCAUCUUCGAGUGGCUCAGUCCCUACGGUUUAGACAGGGGCACCGCAGUAUCUAAGGAUCAUAAGUUCUCUUUGUUCCGGUCCCUAUGGCUGAUCUGGGCCAUGUUGUUCAGCGCGGCCGUGACAACCGACACACCUCGGGGUAUCUCCAGCCGCUUCCUUGGGAACAUGUGGGCUCUGUUUGCCCUUGUGUUCCUGGCCAGCUACACCGCCAACCUUGCGGCCUUCAUGAUCACCAAGAAGGAGUACUACGACCUGUCUGGUAUCCAGGAUUGGAGGCUCCAAAACCCGAAGGCGAUGAAGCCACCAUUCAAAUUCGGUACAAUUCCCAAUGGCAGCACAGAGACGAACAUCAAGAGCAACGACCCCGAAAUGUAUCAGUACAUGAGACGCUACAACAGACCGUCCGUGGCCGAAGGCAUCAAGGCGGUCACACGAAAACAGCUCCAUGCCUUCAUCUAUGAUGCAACUGUGUUGGAGUAUCUGGCUGGACAGGACGAGAAGUGUAGUCUCAUCACCGUAGGGAAGUGGGGAGCUAUGACAGGAUAUGGAGUUGCUUUUCCCAGGGGGUCCGAGUGGAUCGACAAGGUUAAUGGUGCCAUACUUCGACUGACUCAGAAAGGCGAGAUGGAGCGACUUCAGAAGUUCUGGUUGUCUGGUGCGUGUCAUAACAACAAGAAAAAGGAUCCUAAUUCAAAUGGCUUUGGUCAAGGGGCCAAGAGUUCCUAUCUGGGCAUCAGAAACUUCACCAGCGCUUUUAUAUUCUUGGCUGGUGGUAUUGCCUUGGGUGUGAUCUUGGUGGUCCUGGAACAUCUAUACUUCCGCUUUGGUCGGAAUAGACUCAAGGAAUGGGACAAACGUGGCUGUUGUGCCCUUGUCAGUCUAAGCAUGGGGCGAUCUCUCACAUUCAAACAGUAUGUGACCAAGGCAAUUGACGUCCACAAACGACAUCGCUGCACAGACAGAACAUGCCAGGCCCAGUUUUGGGAGGUACAACAUGAGCUGGAUGCAGCACUGGGAAAGGUGGACAAACUACAGACACUAAUUUCACAUUUAAAACAGCAGAAAGAAGAUAGAUGUGUGUGGAGAUUUGAGUCAGAAGAUCAUCAGAACCAAAGUCCAGCCAACACGAACACUCCAUUACCGGGGAAUGCUGAGGAAAUACACGUUGAAGGUGCAUCUGAACAGAAGCCAAGGCGUCGUCAAGAUGACGCUGACACAAAAGGAAGUGACGUCACACAGGUUGAGAAGGUCAGGGACGAACUGAUGAAGCUUCUUCAGGAUGAGUGCGAGCGAGAGAGCGUCAUAUGAAUUCAUUCGGUUGAAAUGUUGAUAUGAUAGCUGACAUUCGUGUUGGUUGUCUCACGUGUUUCUUCAAAGGAGCUUCUGCAUGCAUACUGUUUCCAUUUGCAUCCACGUGGACAUUCAAAUGUUAUAAAACAUGGACAUAAGAAAGCUCAAAUGACAAUAUACCAACAUGAAAUGUUUAAAUAACACCUUGUCUUCCAGUCAAUAAAGCCUACAUCAUCUCACAUGACGUAUCUGGCAAUGUACCCAUAGAAACCCUUUUGUAAUGUUUAGUCUGUGUAACGAUAACAUGUCGACAUUGAAACCCUCUGAUAUUUAAAUAUAAGACAAUGGCACCUGGGGUUUAUUUAAGGCUUAGUUUACUUUGUUCCUGUUUCCCAUGCUUAACACUGAAGCGUUACAAGGACAGCCCAAUAACAUCGGGGACAACCUUGACGAUUCCAUGUCAACGAUGAACACUCAGCUCCAAAUUUCCUUGUCCCUUUUAAUAGGUAUCUGUUAUUCUUGUCAAGCUAUGGGAACAUGAAAAUGAAUUUGUGCACGAACGCUGUUUUCGUUUGUUUAUUUUUAAACAACACUAUGUUGACUAACCAACUAUCCGUUUCGAAACUCGUUUCCCCGUCGUAUGCCCCAGAGAUCCAAAGCGGAGAUUGACGUCAAACGUCAUUGCACAUUGCAGAGAACAAAUCACAAAGACCUACAGGAAAAGCCUUAAUAUUCCCAUAUCAAGGGAACACUUAAAGUUGAAUUUUAAUUUCACCAAAACGCAGUUGAAUGAUGUAUAUUUUGCUUUAAUAUUGAAUGCAAAAGCUUUGCAUGUUUUCAGAAUGUUAACAGAGUGAUUUUGUGGCAUCAUCGACAAACUUGCACAUAUCAUCCGUCACGAAAGCAUAUCACUGCGCCCAACAGUAGGAAACAGAGAGUGGUAGUUUCAUUUAGCAGUGCCGAAGCUCGAUAAAAGUGAACGCGCUACUUAUAGUACUUUUUGUCAAUAUAAUUCAAUGCAAUAAUGCUUAUCUGAGCUUCCUUAAUGUACAUAAAUCAUUGUGCUUCAGAUUCAUAAUGUUUUGAUGUUUUUGCAUUUGCCAGACAGUCGUAUUUUCAUGGAGAGACGCUUUUAUUGGUCGGUGCCCACAGUUUGUACAUACAAUUUUGCGUCUUGCGUAUGAAUGCAUCAUUUGUAUGUACGUAUAUUCUUGUAUGGUGGCACCUUUGUUAAUGAGUGUUAUCUUAUAGGAACGGAUCACUUUACCUGCCUAGUAUUCAUGUAUGUUCGUGCUUGGUUUAAAGCCAAACUUGGUGUCCAAUGUCCGGAGGGACGUAGUACGUUCAGUCAAACACCCUUGUCUCGAACUGUAAGGUACCUACGUAAAUAAAUCGGGUUAUACGAGGUUCGACACAGCCGGAAAGUAAUGACUAGAUAAUGUAUGCAUAAAGACGAAGCUUUUACUUCGAGACAACAAUACGUUCGACACAAGUGUAAGGUGUUUGACUGUAAGGUAGAUGAUUUCGUUUAGUACAACUGUAGAAUAUGUUCGUUGCUUUUUGACAAGAUUGGAACUAGAUAUUCCAUGUUUUUGGCAAUUGGAAACAUGGAUUCCUGUGCAAUGUUGGCCCGAUGUACAUUUUUAGGGUUCUGCGGACACCUAAUUAUUGUGAGUGUACUGGUUGGAUUGAAUACAUUCUACGUCAUAUGUUUACUUGUUUACAACUUCUUUAACACGUGUGUCUAUAUACAAUGUAUAGUAUUCAUUUUUUGGUAAAUGGAGCAUGACUGCUUUUUUAUGGGGUUUGUUUCUCGGGACCGAGAGCUGAAAUGACCGGUGCCUAACUUAUUCUAUUCUUGAUCAUUCUAUUACCUUUUUCAUAAGUAUGCUUACUGAAUGUUCGUAAUUUUCAAUGAAUAUUGUAACAUAGAGCGUAAAAGGAAAAACACUUUUAGUAGAAUGAUGGCUUCGUAAGACAAUAGUCCUAAUAUAGGUAGAUCCACAAUAGGUAUUUCAAAAAACAUUUAUUUGUUAUCUAACGACUGUAGGAACUAGUUUCUUUUGUCCCAUCUUAUAGUAUCUGGCGAGCUAAGGAAAGCCAGACACAUCAAAGCAAAGGCACUGCACUGUAUACGUCUAAGCUGAUUAUAUCGUGAUGCAAGUAUCACCACCUGUGGCAUUAAAUGGCAAAGUAAUCCUUUCACGUUGGGGGUAUUUUCUUCAGGGAAAAAUGUGGCACUGAGGGAGAUAUAAACAGUAGGAAUAUGACAGGUCAUUAGACUAAGACAUCUAGUCAGUCCCGUGUCAGUUAAAUAUCAUUUACAUUCAAACUUUCGCAGACAGACACACACACACACACACACACACACACACACACACACACACACACACACACACACACACACACACAC